AUGAUCCUGCGUCUUAUAUACACGCCUUUAACAUCUGUGAAGGAGAGUCCAGUGUAUCUAUUAAGAAAUAUUGAGAGAAGAGCACACUACAAAGGUGGUUCUAUAGACUCCAAGGCUUUGUUGGAAGAGUUUUCGCUAUUAAAGCAAAGAUUGCAGCCAGCUGUAGAGCUGAUACCAAGUGAUGAUACAGAAGUGGAAAAAGCAGAAAAAGAAGUGUUCAAAGAAGAUACAGAACCAGAAAAGAGAAUGUCGUCUUUCAAGAUGUUAUUUGUUUCACCAUCUUCACGACGUGGCUUCACUGUUGUUGCAUCUGUUAUAUCCCUACAGGUUAUGAUGGGAAUGGUUCCAGUACAAGUGUACGCCAAGGAUAUCUUCUCUCAAGCAGCUCCGAGUUUAUCAUCUCAUCUUUGUUCAGUGCUUUUUGCUCUAGUGCUGAUGGCCGGCAGUAUGUCAGCUGCUUUGUUUUCUGAUAAGUUAGGAAGGAAGCCUUUACUAAUAACAUCAGCUAUCGCUGUGGGUGCCUGCUUAGUUUCCAUGGGCUUCUUCAUGCAGACCAAUAUUGCCCCUCCAGCAGUUACUGCCAUUCUCAUCCUGCUCUACUGCUUUGCAUUUAUGCUUGGUACAGGCACCGUGCCAUACAUACUCUUGGCAGAAGUUUUCGUUUCUGAGGUCCAAAGCCUCGCAUCAAUGAUUCUCAUGGAGUGGGUCUGGUUGCUGAACUUCUUCAUCCUAGCUAUAUUCCCGUACAUGGUGCAAUUCCUCGGCAUCCACGGGUCUUUCUACUGCUUCGCCAUCUUCGCAGUUUUCGAUGUACUUGUUGCAGUGUUCAUGGUUCCAGAGACAAAUGGGCUUACGAAAGAACAAAUUCAAGAAGCAUUUUUAGGGCGGCGAAAGAAAUAA